GCAUUUGACAAAUGGACCCCCGUAGAGAAAGAAACAGAGGAGGAUUGAAACUUCAAAAGGAGGUUGUAUAGACAAUACUUACAGAGAUUCAGCGAGAAAGUGAUGGUGAUGGAAGAUCCAAACCCUAAGACCUGCGAGAGAUGUCAUCACUGUGCCGGUCCUCUCUCCAAACACAUGGAAACUAGCAAUUGGACUAUUGCGCCACUCAUCAGGGACAGCUUUUCCAUGAUUGGUUCAGCUGUUGGUGGUACAGCUAGUGCAUUCUACGGAUUCAACCAUGCGAUGCCAAUUGUUCGGAGAUGGGUUAAAGGACCUAUGUGGCUGCAUUUCCUUGUUGGUGCCCCACCGGUAAUAGUUUUCUCUUCAGCUUGUGCAGGAUUAGCAGGUGGUGCUGUUCCGGCACUUGCUCAACUUGCAUCUUCAUCUUAUCACGCCGCUGUCUCAUCACCGUCAUUGCCCCCUCCAUCCCCACAGGAUGCAAAAAUGAACAAAUCAAGAACAUCUUCUACCUUAUAAGGAUACAUUGCAAGUGCACUAGAUCUGUAUGACUUGGUGAGUUGGGGGACAGAAGUAAACCAGGUGAGCGCUGGUUGCGGAUCAAGUUUGAGGGAGGUAUGCUUCUACUAUGUGCAGAGUUAUAUAAUCGGGCUUAUAUUUUAUUAUGUACUUAACAAUCUACAACACAGACUUUGAUUAUUCCCUAGAAUUCAGAAAUAUGUAAAUGGUGUGAUGUGAUGCGAUUUUCUAUCAAUAAUCUUUACUGUUAUACUGUGGGAUUGAGUCUGAUUGAGCUUGUUCAACCCCCCAUUACACAAUACUACAGACUACUGUAUGGAAGUACCAAACCAACUUUGUAAUUUAUUUUUUUUGGGCAAUUACGUCUGUUAAUCUUUAAAA